AUGUCUCCGGACCAGAAGCGGCAGCUGGUGCACCUCAUCAAGGACAACAACCCGGACGCCCGGACGCUUGCUGUCGGCGAUGGGGCCAACGACGUUCCCAUGAUCCAGGCAGCACACGUCGGAGUCGGUAAGAGCGCAUUCAAUCCUUGUCGCCUUCGUGACGAAGAGCAAUAUUUCGUGUAUCCACGGAGUCGGUAA